GUCUAGAGCAAGGAAUCUCGUCCCUACGUUAAUCUUGCCAGUUGUACUAUCUCUAUUGAGAACAUUGUGCGCAAACACUUUAUGGUUUCCAGAACGCGGAGUUUCCAAUUCUGUAAAUUGGUCUGACCAAUUUACGCUGGCAAAAUGAAUCGUCAUGAGGGUUUUGCUUGCAAUGGUUGCGGCAAAGUAGGCUUCACCGGACGUUGUUAUCGCUGCCUUGCCUGCCGAGACUUUAACAUAUGUUCCGAGUGCUAUGAGAAUGAUUUUACCACAUCUGAGCACCCAUUCGAUCAUCCGGUGAAGUGCGUCUUCACGCCAGCAGACAUCGAGCUGUACUUUGGCGGCGAAUAUAUCAGCACCGAUCCGCCGCAGAGCUAUCGUUGUCCGUACUGCAAGAUAUGGGGCUUCGAUGAGUCGACAUUAAUAGAGCAUGUGUCGUCGGUGCAUCCCAAUGCCAGUCCCCUGCUGGUGUCCACCAUGGUCCAGUUAUUUGAACAGCAGCAGGCAGCCCGCAUAUUCCUGGAGGAUGAACAGCUCUCAGCAUUUACUGCCUCCGCCAAUUCACGCAACGAGAUGAUGAACCGGACAGAGGGAUCGCUCGAUUUGUAUCUGGAGCCAUUAAAUCCGGAUGGCAGCUAUAAACGUGUUCGUCCGCGGCCCGAGACGACGAGGACUGCAACCAGAAACAAUGAGGCAACAAGGGAGCGUGGUAACAGAAACAAUAGACGGGGUGGUGGUGGCGAUGGAGGCGGUGGAGGUGGCGGCGUCGCGGGGCAAGGACGUGGAAGAAGAAAUGCAGGCAGUCUCGGGGGGAAUCCUGCUAGUUUCGGUAGCCCUGGUGAUCCCAGUCAGUCGAAUGGCUCGGCCGCUAUUGAUGCUCUCAACAACAAUGCGCAUAACGCUGCAGAGAACCAAGCAACCACACCUGCUCGGCGUAUGCCACGCAGCAAUACACCGCCAGCACCGCCCACUCGUCGCCAGUUGCGUCGCAGAGAACUCGAUCGUAAUCGGCUGCAUUUAUCUCACAUUGAGGAUCUACGCUUUACUAUGUCGGAGGCGGAACGCCAAAGACUGGAUUUCAUGCUGCCACCGCUAACUGAGGCGCCACCAGCUUCGCCCGCACAGACGACCACGGGACGGCCGCACAUCACCAUCACAGACGUCAUACGCUACUAUGGAGAGCAGGAGGCGCCCCAUCAUGUGAGCUGGCUGGAUAGCAAUGCGCCGGCCACUGGCUACAUCAGUGGCGGUCCCUCUGGCAGCGGUCGCAACGUCAACAUUUUCGGCACCUCGAUUCCAGCGCAGAAUGUGCCACGCGCCUUCUUCCUCACAUCGGAGAACUUCACGCGUGAACUUCCCUCGGCGGCGUUACGUCCCUCCUCCUUUACCAGCCGCGGCACGACCGCGGGCAACAGCAGUCGCACUCAGCGCCGCAGCAGGAACAGCGCCAACACCAAUACACGCACACUACGCUACCUUGACUUCAGUGAGAUGCCAAUGGAUGAAACCGAUAUGCUUGUUUCUCAUCUAACACCCGAUGUGGCGAUCGCGACGCCCGAGCCAAAUGCCGUCGCCGCUCUCGAGCCGCCGGCUCGGGAGGAAGAGCGUUCACGUUUCCUAUGCCAGAAAUUCCUCACCCCUAGUUCCGAGCGAGAGCCGGAAGAACAGACGGCCUUUCUUCUGCAUCGCGCCGAGUUUGUCUCACAAUUGCUCGCAUCCGCCCUAAGCGUUGAGCACUUGCUGCCAGCCGAGCCAACGGAAGUGGAUCAGGAAGUCUCGGCUCUCCCCACAACACCAUCGUCUAAUCCGAAGUUUGGAAAUCGAUCUAUGGGCGACAUUGUGGGCGCUGGCGAUGCAGAACUAGCCCUUGAGCCAAUCUCUAGAUAAUGUUAAAGGCGUUCUCUUUGGCUUUGGAAUUAGGCCAACAAAAGCACUAGACAUCGUUGCUAUUUUUUUACUGAACGCUUUCAAAUUCUUGUGAACUGUUUACAAAUUUCAGUACCUUCCUAUGGACAGCCAAAUUUUUGUUGUGUAAUUUCUUGUGAUAUAAAAAUAUAUACUCGCAUAUAGACGCGUUAUUGUAUUAGCCUUUGUGGAGUUAAAAAUUUCACUUGUUUCAAAUACUAAAUAGCAUGUUCCAUUAAUAAAUAAAUAAAGGAGUACAAGCCAAG